AUGCGCGCGUUAAACCUGUCACGUGCGCAUAAGGCGGCACCUUCCCGAACCGCCUGGUCCACCCUCGUCAUCCGCCUCACUCCACCCGACCAGACACCGCCGACGACGUCUGACUGCAACACCACAACACCCACACACACGCACCAAGCCAUGCAGUCUUCCGCAGGCAAGCGUGUACUGAGUACUCUCGCCUCCAAAAUCCAUCCGCAGCUUCCCCUUUCGCCGCGAGAGUCUCAGCAACUGCUCAACUUGCUGACCAACUCCUUCCGUACCCAUCUCGACCACGCUCACCCCCUCGCCCCCUCCGAGAGCAACCCGAAGAAACCGACACGUGAGUUGACUAUCAGCAAUGGUCGGCGCAAUUCCUCUCCAAACCGCCCGGUGUCAUCGUACGACUCGGCGACUCAGCACAUCGACUCCAUCUUGAACAACCCUCUUCUCGCUGUGAAGCCUCGCCGGAGAGGGUCAGGACCUGCUGCUAUUGAUAUCAUGAGAGACCCAAUCGCUUGGUUCGUUGACGAGAUAGCUGCCGGCUCUGCCACUCUGCCAAAAGCCGCCCUAUGUCUCGAGGUGCUCGAGAAGACCACAAAUGAAACCCCCUCGAGACUUGAGAAUGGAAGAUCACCGGGAACUGUACUCGCCGAAUGGCUCCGAACCAGCGGCUCGGAUACAUCGAAGCAGUUUCUCGACAUGUCAAUCAAAUCUGGGCGUGGCAGUAGAUUUCUAGACAGACUGGUAUCUCUACUAGUAGCCGAGGGUGAGACUACAGCACUCUGGCGCUGGCUCAUUCGAUCAAACGAACAACGCGCAAAAGACACUGGACUGGAUGUGGCACAAAUAGCGAUUUUUAGACAACAACUACUGGCGAAGAUGGUGGUAUUCGAGGCAGACAGAAGCUUAACCAGUGGUCUGUCUCUUUUCAUGCAAGCAUCCCGCUUGGUAGAAACUGCAGGACAUGAGGCAGCUUAUGCUAUUCUGAGACCCGCCGGUGGCCAUCUUGUCAACCGGAUCAUCUCCAAUACCGACCAAUCUCUCUCACCCCCGUUAUACCAGUCUUUCCUGCUGUCAUCACCCCGCUGGCUCGGAGAGUGGAGUCGAGCAGUCGAGCCGAUGCUCUGGUUACACCACCCUUCAGAACCUAGUGCAAUUCCCGGACGUCAAUUCAUUCAGGACCCUGCCGGCGCUGUCAAAUUUGUAAAAUCAUCUCGUAGUAGACGCAAUUUCCUGGUUCAGUUGUGCCUAGGGGUCGCCCGGCAGCUGAUGGGACAGGAAGAGUUUGCGGAAGCACAGAUCGUUAUGGAGUUCACAAAAGAGAAUUUCCCAGAUAUUGUUCUACCGAAGCAAGCAGUUGUGGAACAGCAAAAUGCAGAACAGAUCAGAGUACGCAGAGAGAGGAAGAAUUUGGAACUACUGGAUCGCCUGGUCCUGACUUGA